AUGAAUGACCGUCGAGCUCACUAUCCAAAUUACUCAUUUGAGUUUAAUUGUCAAGAUGAUGUUUUGGACUGUAUGUUUUGGGCUGAUGAAAUGGAGAAGGUAUAUUAUGCUGAAUUUGGUGAUGUUAUCUCGUUUGAUGCGACUUUCCGAACAAACAAGUAUCAAAUGGUUUUUGUUCCGUUUACUGCUAUUGACCAUCAUAAAAAAUUGGUUACUGUUAGAUCUGGGUUGCUAAGCAAUGAAAGCAUUGAGUCUUACUCUUGGUUGAUUAAAGCAUUUCUUAAAACUCAUGGGAAAGUACCAACACUUGUUUUAACCGAUCAAGAUGUUGCAAUAAAACAAACUGUUGAGAAUAUAUCAGAUGAUUUAUUUACGAACACAGACUUUAGAAAAAGGUUUUCGAAGCUUGUUUGGGAUAUUAAUAUGAAACCUGAUGUUUUUGAGGUGAAGUGGGGUUUGCUUAUGAAGGAAUUCAAUCUUGAAGAAACAAGAUGGUUUAAAUACAUGUUUACAAUACGUGAUUCAUGGAUACUUGGAUAUUUUAGUGAUAUUCCAAUGUGUGGUUUGAUGAAGACUACAUCUAGGUCAGAGAAUGGUUGGGAAGUUUACAUUGUGCAGCACAACAACAGUAAAAGUGAUUUUAAAAAUGAAUUUAAGGUUGAAAUAAAAGUUGAAGAGAAAGAAAUAAAUUGCAGUUGUGAACAUUUUAAGCGUAUGGGUGUUUUAUGCAGACAUGCUUUUACAAUAAUGAUGAGAUGUGGUGUUAAAGAAAUUCCUGAAAGUUUUGAAUCACAUUUGGAUAUUGUAAGAGAUGAAAAAAAGAGAUUGGCUUUGUUUGCUGAGAAACAACAAAUGUUGUUGAAGGAAUUUGAGAGUGAUCAUAUUUCUCCUGGAUUGAAAAGCAAGACAGAUGGUGAAGUCAUAUGCAAGCAUUUGGGUGUUACUAUUCCUAUUCCAGAAGAGAUUAAUAUUCAUGUUCCUGAAGUUCAAAGCAAUAAAGAUUUUGGAAUCAAGAAAAGAAUUCCAAGUGCAGGUGAAGUAGCAUAUGAAAAUUCUAAAAAAGAACAUAGAAUGUGUUCAGGAUGUGGAAAACGAGUUCCACACAAUUUACGUACUUGUCCAGAAAGAGUUGGAGCCGCUAAAUCAGCACAAGACAGUUAG